CCUGGAGACGGCAGCGGCUCCUGCAGCUGGGCAGGCCACUGUCAAGGUGCAACCUGCAGCACAGAUGAUGAUUGCUCCGACCCUUGGGGCUGUGUCAACGGCAUUUGUGGCGGCAGCUCAAGUGGAGGCUCAGCUCCUCCUCCUUCCAACACUUGCAGCUGGGUUGGUCACUGCAUUGGUGCUUCUUGCGGCUCUGAUGAUGACUGCUCCGACAACUUUGUCUGCAACAGUGGCAAGUGUGCC